UUGCACUUGUUUUCUCGGUGUCCCUUCCUGUACCCCGGUUGAGGAAGUGAAUUCGCUGACAGGGCUGGGUUCCGUGAGGGAGGCGAUACGAAACAUCAUCUACUUGGUGGGGAUAGAAACAAUAAUAGUAUAGAAGAACAAGCUGUGCAAGCACAAUAAAACGAACGUGUAAAGUCCUCAGCGAAAACAUAUUCCCCUCCAAGAUCGUCACCGAGCGCCGCAGACAUGAAUGACCAGCAGCUAGACUGUGCUCUGGACCUGAUGAGGCGUCUGCCUCCCCAGCAGAUUGAAAAGAACCUCAGUGACCUCAUCGACCUGGUGCCCAGUCUAUGUGAGGACCUGCUCUCCUCUGUGGACCAGCCUCUAAAGAUCGCCCGGGACAAGGUGGUGGGGAAGGACUACCUGCUGUGUGACUACAACAGAGACGGUGACUCCUACAGAUCCCCAUGGAGUAAUAAGUAUGAGCCUCCCAUUGAUGAUGGCGCCAUGCCAUCUGCCCGCCUGCGCAAACUGGAGGUGGAGGCCAACAAUGCCUUCGACCAGUACAGAGACCUGUACUUUGAGGGUGGGGUUUCCUCUGUGUACCUGUGGGACUUGGAUCACGGCUUUGCUGGAGUCAUCCUCAUCAAGAAGGCUGGAGACGGCUCCAAGAAGAUCAAGGGGUGCUGGGACUCUAUCCAUGUGGUGGAGGUGCAGGAGAAGUCCAGCGGACGGACCGCUCACUACAAACUCACCUCCACCGUCAUGCUGUGGCUCCAGACGACCAAGACAGGCUCUGGAACUAUGAACCUAGGAGGCAGUUUGACCCGACAGAUGGAGAAAGACGAGACCGUUGGAGAGUCCUCCCCACACAUCGCCAACAUUGGCCGCCUGGUGGAGGAUAUGGAGAAUAAGAUUCGCUCCACUCUCAAUGAGAUCUACUUUGGGAAGACCAAGGACAUCGUCAAUGGCUUGAGGAGUGUUCAGACCCUGGCUGAUAAGUCGAAGCAGGAAGCUCUGAAGAAUGACCUGAUGGUGGCACUCAAACGCAAACAGCAAACCUAGAGAUGUUAUUGUCUUUUUUUCCUGUCUAUCUCUCACUCUCUCCCUCUCUCGGUCUCUCUCCCUCUCUGUCUCUCUCUCUUUCUCAUUGUUCCUCACACCACCUCACUCCCGCCAUCUUUUUUCUGUUUGUACAUCUCACCUUCCAUCCCUUUAUGCCUGUUUCAGUGCUGCACUCUUGUUCGUUCGUGGAAAAGCAAAAGAGAAAACGCUUAGCUUUUUAUGUUUUUUUUUGUUUUCUAUGGUUUUCAUGCUUUGUUUUUAGGCAUCUCUUUCUCUAUGAAGCCAUUCACACUCACUCUUACUCUCGUUAUGAAUAUUAUGAUAGUAUUAUGACGGUUUCAAAUUAUCUUACGGUGUGAAGGUGAUGUUUAUAUUCCCUAUAGCUCCUUCACAGCUGGGUCAAUUUUGAAUGAGUGACAUCUCUCUGGUUUGGGGACAGGGGCAGACACACCCUGUACCGGAGAUAGGAUGGGCACAGUAAUUCAUUUCUACCAACGUUUUAUGUCAUGCAACCCUUAUAUCAUAGUGUCUACGCCACACCCUUAUAUCUUUAUGGAAAUAUAACUGUCGAUAUUAUAGUCAUCGUUCCUGGCUGAUGUUUUGGCAGGAAUAGGGCAGGGGUGGGCCCUCUAUCUAUUGUAACGAUUGGUCAAUGGUUUGCUCUUCAUUCCACUAUCCGCAUGCGUUUUGAGUCUGGAGCAUGGGAUGCUGGGAUGGUUAGAUUGAGAUGUAGAUGGCAAAAGUCUGGGGAUGGACUGUUGAAUUCAUUGUGUAUACCCAUGUCACUAAGCCAGCCCUUACACUGUGUAUAACAUGAAGAUGUGCAUCCCUCUCUCUCCCUCUCUCCUCCUCUCGCUCUCUCCCUUUCUCCUGGUCUAUGUUGGGGGUCACAGUUCGUCCGUUUUUGCGUCUUGCCGGAAGCUUUGGGCCGUUUCCGUUUUGGGGAGGGAAUCUUUUGUUGUAUUUUGUUUUUAUUUUGUAAAGCUUAUGAUUCAUAUUGUAUUAGAGCCUCCAGCAACAAUAAAAACAGUAAAAAGCUAUCUUAA